CCCUAGUAGACCUGUCCGCUCACCAGUGCCUUCGCCUGGUGGUGCUGAUCACGCUGUUGAAACUACAAAUAAGCCUGGAAAUGGCAGAAGGUCGAAGUCUCCAGCUGUGCAGUCACGAACAACCUCAAAGCAGGAGAAAAAGGACACUUGUUCUGGUCGUCUUCUCAAGCCUUCAAGCAAAAACUCAACAGGAGAAAUAACUGCUUGUUCGAAAAAAACUGCCGUGGGUGAUCGUGGCAAACAGCAAGAAACACAACACCUACAUCACGUUCAAGCAACGAGAGCCGCGUCUCCAGCCGGAGUUGGAAACCACAAUGGGGAGGCCAACCCCAACGGCAGCAAGAAAUCGCAUCAUCAACCGGGAGCUUCGACUACGAAUACGAUCAGUAGAAGUGUGUCCCUUGGAGCUCGCGGGUACGUUAGUCCACGGAUUUUGAAUGCUUUUUCUCCAGGAGCAGCGGGACAUAAUAUCACACUAGGAGGUGGUGGUGGAGGUCAACAGCUGCAACCACGAGCUAGUCCACGCACUGCUACAGCUCUACCUUCGUCAGCC